AUGUUAUCAAGAUAUGAUACAUUUGGGUUAAUAAAAAUAGGAGUAAUGGAUGAGGAUAGUUCGAAUGCUGUUACAACUAUCACUGAGUCAUAUAACAUGCUUAAAAAUAAGGGAAUAUCAAGACUAGGUGUUGAUCUUACUAGUGCUACUGUAUGUCAGAGAGAACCAACUAUUGACAGACUGCUUGAAUGUCUGUUUAAAGAACACAUUAUUCUAAUUAGAUCACCACCAAUGACAGGAAAAACAUCCCUUGGACAACUACUUGAGGCCAAGUUGCUCCAAUUAGAUGAAUUGCAGAAUGGAUCAGCUUGUGUUUUUCGCAUUUCAUUGAUCUGGAUGGAAAACUUGAUUGAUCCUUCAUGGACAUUUGCAGAUGGAUUUCAAAUGCUUAUGAAUAUAACAUGGAAUGAGUUUCUCCAGCAAUGUAGUGAUAAAAAAACAUAUUUGAUUAUUGAUGAAGUGCAAAAAAUAUAUAGAAAAAAAAAUGGAGAACCUUGUCAUGGUGGAAGUGCAUUUUGGAAUGCAUUUAAGCGCAUAAUGCAAAACUUGCAGCUUUCCAUUGUAGCAUUGGCCUCAUAUGGUCACUAUGGUGCUUAUGCUACUCGUGGAAAACGUUCAGACAUGGACAUUUCACCACUUAAUAAUCUUACUACAAAAAACGAAUGGGGAUAUAAAGAUAUUUGCUAUACCAAAGAAGAAUUUAGAGUUUAUUUUGAUCGAUUUUCUGAAGAACAUCUUAAAGAAAAAUUGGUAAAAGAUGACAUUCCAUAUCUUUUUAACUAUUUGUCCAAAAUAACAGUUUGCUAUCCAGGUCUAAUUGUUUAUACUAUGGAUCAUAUUGGUGAAAGAUUUACCAAAAAAGACAGUAAUUCUUUAUCUUUUGAUAUAAUUUUUUCUUAUCUGAAAUCUCAUGACUUUAAUGAUCUCCUCAAGACUAUCCAUGCAUUUUAUCCAGCUUCUGAUCUUUCAUAUGAAGAAAGAAGAAUUGUUGAUGCUGUACUCUUCAAAAAAGGGGGUCUUGAUUAUGAAGCAGAGAAAAUUCCAAAUGAUGGUCAACUUCUUAAGACCAAUGCACUUGUUGAUACAAGUUCAAACAAAUCACAUCUUGCACUGCUUGAUUUUCCAGCACCAUUGCUCUGA